UUUCAGAGCAACGCUUAGCGCUAACUUUUUGUUCUAUUAAUCGGAUUUUAUACUUCAUUAGCUGAUAAUGAGUAGCGAUGAAGAAUCAGACUACCAUUCUUCGUUUGGUUCAUCUCAAAGAAAAAAAGCAUCCAAGAAGCAAAUCGAGAAAAGGGAUAAGCCACCAGUUAAAAGAAAGCAGACAUCGAGAAAGGAAAUUAAUGGCAAUUCAGUCAUGAAUGGUGAUAAGAGUGACGAUGGUGAUCCAUUAGAUAUUUUUACGAAUAUCGAUCAGCAACCCAAACGAUUAACCAUUGAAAAAAUCUACCAGAAAAAGAGUCAGCUGGAACAUAUCUUGCUACGUCCAGAUACAUACAUUGGUUCCGUUGAGCAUACUGAUAAAGCGCCAAUGUGGGUAUACGAUGCUGAAGUAGAACGAAUUGUUCAACGUGAUAUUUCAUAUGUCCCUGGUUUGUACAAAAUAUUUGACGAGAUUCUGGUAAAUGCUGCAGACAACAAACAACGCGAUCCGAAGAUGAAUCUUAUCAGAAUUAACAUUAAUAAAGAAACGAACGAGAUCAGUGUCUUCAAUAAUGGUAAAGGUAUUCCUGUGGUACUGCACAAGGUGGAGCAGUUAUAUGUCCCUGAACUCAUAUUUGGUACUUUACUUACCUCCUCAAAUUAUGAUGACAGUGAACGGAAAGUGACAGGUGGCCGAAACGGAUAUGGUGCUAAACUAUGUAAUAUAUUCAGUAAAGAAUUUACAGUUGAGACAUCUUCCAAAGAAUAUGGGAAAGCCUUCAAGCAAACUUGGAAGAAUAACAUGACAAAGGAUAAAGACCCAUUUGUGAGUAAAUCAGUUGGUGAAGAUUUUACACAUGUAACUUUCAAACCGGACCUCACAAAAUUCAAAAUGAUUGAACUGGAUGAUGACAUUAUUUCGCUGAUAUCACGCCGAGCGUAUGAUAUCGCUGGUUCAACAAAAGGUGUCAAAGUAUACUUGAAUGGCAAACUGUUGCCGGUGCAAGGCUUUAAACAAUAUGUAGAGCAGUACACAAAACAUAAUCUUGAUAAUGACGGAGAACCAUAUAAAAUUGCUUAUGAACAGGUUAAUGAAAGAUGGGAAGUAGCUUUAACAGUUUCCGAAAAAGGAUUCCAGCAAGUCUCUUUUGUGAAUUCGAUCGCUACCACGAAGGGCGGUCGUCAUGUUGAUUACGUUGUUGAUCAAAUCACAGCUAAGCUGAUAGAUACAAUCAAAAAGAAAGUAGGAAAAAGUGGAGUAAAUGUUAAGCCGUUCCAAAUUAAAAGUCAUAUGUGGAUCUUUGUCAACUCACUUGUCGAGAAUCCAACGUUUGACUCCCAAACAAAAGAGACAAUGACCUUACAAGCAAAGAAUUUUGGCAGCAAGUGUGAAAUGUCUGAAAGAUUCAUCAAUGCAGUUAUGAAAUGCGGAAUUGUUGAAGCUGUCUUGGCAUGGGUCCGCUUCAAACAACAAGAAACGUUAGAUAAGAAAUGUUCAACCAAGAAAACUAGUAAACUAAAGGGCAUACCGAAAUUAGAGGAUGCAAAUGACGCUGGGACUAAAAAUUCCUCUUUGUGUACGCUGAUACUUACUGAAGGAGAUUCGGCUAAGUCACUCGCUGUUUCGGGAUUGGGUGUAGUUGGCCGUGAUCGUUAUGGCGUCUUUCCACUGCGCGGCAAAAUGUUAAAUGUUCGUGAAGGCAGCCAUAAACAAAUCAUGGAAAAUGCAGAAAUAAAUGCUCUAAUCAAAAUCAUUGGUCUGCAGUAUCGUUUGAAAUAUGAUAAAGAUGAGGAUAUGAAAACGCUUCGCUAUGGAAAAAUAAUGGUUAUGGCUGAUCAGGAUCAGGAUGGUUCACAUAUCAAAGGUCUUGUGAUUAAUUUUAUCCAUUAUAAUUGGCCGGUACUGAUUCGUCGUAAUUUUGUUGAAGAAUUUAUAACACCAAUUGUUAAAGCUACCAAGGGUAAAGAGUCGUUUUCUUUCUUCUCGCUUCCAGAAUACGCUGAAUGGCGAAAUAACACUGAAAACUGGAAAACGUAUCGCAUAAAAUAUUACAAAGGUUUGGGUACCUCUACAUCAAAGGAAGCCAAAGAAUAUUUCACCGAUAUGGUGCGUCAUCGCAUUAGAUUUCAGUACUCAGGAGAAGAAGAUGAUAAUUCCUUAGAUAUGGCAUUUAGUAAAAAGAAGAUUGAAGAUCGAAAAGUGUGGUUAACGAAUUGGAUGGCUGAAAAAAAAGCAAGACGUGAGCAAGGAUUGACGGAGGAGUAUUUGUACAACAAAGAUACUCGUGCUGUCUCAUUCAAAGAUUUUGUCAAUAAAGAAUUGGUGUUGUUUUCAAAUGCUGAUAAUGAAAGGUCCAUACCAAGUUUGGUUGAUGGAUUAAAGCCUGGACAACGUAAGGUGUUAUUCACAUGCUUCAAACGAGCAGAUAAAAAAGAAGUGAAAGUAGCUCAGCUUGCUGGUGCAGUUGGAGAAAUGUCUGCUUAUCAUCACGGAGAGGCUUCACUCAUGUCAACGAUCGUAAAUCUAGCACAAGACUAUGUUGGUUCAAAUAACAUCAAUUUGUUGUUACCAAUCGGUCAAUUCGGUACACGUUUGCAGGGUGGAAAGGAUAGCGCAAGUCCACGUUAUAUUUUCACACAGCUCAAUCCUGUAACUCGAGCGCUGUUCCCGAUUGUUGAUGAAAAUGUUCUACGCUUCUUGUUUGAAGAAAAUCAGCGAAUUGAACCGGAAUGGUACUGUCCAAUCAUACCUACAGUUUUGGUUAACGGAGCCGAAGGCAUCGGUACUGCUUGGUCAACGAAAAUACCAAACUACAACCCACGUGAAAUAGUUGAUAAUAUGCGGCGCUUGAUACGUGGUGAAGAACCCAAAUCUCUGACCCCAUGGUUCAAGAAUUUCCGUGGAACCAUUGAGAAAUUAGAUGACUCGCGAUAUAUUUGUAGUGGUGAAAUAGCUCUUUUGAGUGACGAUACGAUCGAAAUCACGGAAUUACCAAUACGAACUUGGACGCAAAACUACAAAGAAACUGUCUUAGAACCCAUGCUGGAAGGAUCUGAUAAACAGCCUCCUCUAAUACAGGAUUUCAAAGAAUAUCACACUGAUACAACUGUUAAAUUUGUUGUUAAAAUGAAUGCAGCAAAACUGAGAGAGGCAGAAAUGGAAGGACUGCACAAAAUAUUUAAGCUGCAGUCGGCAAUAAAUAUAAGCUCCAUGGUUCUCUUUGAUCCUUUGGGUUGCCUGAGAAGAUUUCCAAAUGUGGAAGAGAUUUGUAAAGAAUUUUUCGAGAUAAGGAAAAAAAAGUACAUCGAACGAAAAGCAUUCCAAGAAGGCAUGCUCCGGGCUCAGAGCGAACGACUCAGCAAUCAGGCACGCUUCAUCUUGGAAAAAAUUAAAGGUGAAAUAUUAAUUGAGAACAAACGUAAAGUAGCAAUAGUGGAGCAGCUAGUGAAAAAAGGUUUCGAUCCAGAUCCAGUGAAACGAUGGAAAGAAUUACAGAGAAAGCGUGAACUUGAAAUGACUGGCGAAAUCCAAGUGGAUGACGAAGAAAUGGAAGGUGAAAUAGAGGAGGAAUCAGAAUCAUCUGUUUCUCCAGUGAUGAAGGAUUUGACGAAGAAAUUGAGUGAUUACGAUUAUUUAGUAGGUAUGGCGAUUCUAAAACUGUCGGAAGAAGAAAAGGAUAAACUGUUACGCGAUAGCGAACUGAAGUUAGAGGAGUUAAAGAGUUUAGAAUCAAAGACUUGGUCUGAUCUAUGGAAAGAAGAUUUAGAUAAUUUUUUGGUUGAGUUAGAAAAGCAGGAAGCCAAAGAAAGAGCUGAUAUAGAAAUGCAAGUAAAAGAUGCUGUUAAAAAAAUUGCUGGCGCAGCCACAAAAGGAGGACGUAAAAAAGCGGGCACUCUUGUGCAAGAGGUACUUCCUGAUCCAAACGGAAUUCGUGUUCAUCCUUCUCUAGAUGCUAUUAAAGAAAAAUAUGAAGGAAAGAAGACCGAUGAACCAAAAGCCAGGAAGUCAAGAGUACCAAAAGAGCCAAAACAAAUGAAGAAUAAGAACGAUGAGGAGGAUGGGAAAAAGAAAGAGAAACCCAAGCGUCAAAGAAAAGAAAAUGAUCGAGGUAGCAGUUCAGUAAAUACGAAAGCAAAAAAAAAGCAAGAUAAGUGGGAAUCUGAUAGUAGUGAUGAUUUCGAUGAAUCUGAUUACGUUAUAGAUGAGAACGAUGAUGAUGUGGUUGAGAUCAAGAAAACAACAACUGGAGACAGAAAACGACGAGCUGAACAGUCCGCGAAUAAAUCAGAUUUGAGCAAUAAUGGUGAGAAUGUUGAGAACAGUUUGAUGCGAUCAGGUGAUGAGAACAAGAAAAAAUUCCAUGAGAAGAUGGAUGAUCUUUUCGUAAAUGAGGGACCAUCAGCAAGUAAGGUAAAAUCAAAAGAAUUUGUUGAAAUCAAAAAAACCAAAUCUAAGAAAGAGACAAUACCUAAAGCAAAAAUUACGACAGAAACAAGUAAAAAGGGAUCGGGAUCCAGAAAGCGAAAAGUGGAAUCUGGUGAUACUGACAAUAAUGAUGAUGAUGAUGAUGAUGAUGGUGCUGAUAUCGCUGCUGAACCAGCUCUUUCACAUCCUCGUGCAGGAAGUCGGCAGCGUAAGGCAGUUAAAUACACCUUCGAUGAUGAUAAUGAUGAUGAUAGUGAUAACAUUCCUGGAUUGUCUGAUAGUACACCACCACACCAGAUGAAACGGCGAAAGAAGAUUGAAAGCGAUGAGGAAUUUGAGUUAAGCAGCUAAGAAAUCCUUCUGCCAAACUGUCGAACUAAUCCGUGGUCUGUUAUAGUAAUAAACGCCAUCCAUUGAUUAAUCCUACUUUUUGUCCAUCUCUGUGCAUUUAAACCACGAUGACUGAGAGUUAUUUAACGAUUACUACACCUGCAGUUUUAUUGAUUAUCUACCUUUUCGUACCUCGUUUAUAUUCACUUUGACAUCAGCAGUUUGAUCUUAUUUGAGUUUGUUAUAUACAUUUUUAUUUGAAAUAAUGUCAACCUAAUUAUGAUUUCGUUUUUACACUAAGACAACUUUAUUUGGUCUCACUGUCAUGUAGCAGUUUUACGUGUUGAAUAAUUCAGAACAAAAUAGUUUGUUCCAUAUCUCUUAGUUCCUGUAUAUAUAUAGUUUGUUUUUGAUCGUUUCAUUCUCUGCGAUUUUAUCCAGUAUGUUUCUUUUUCUAAGAGCUUUUUUUCACGUUAAUCGAUAUCGUUCUUCUGUGUGCAUGAUGUAACAAUAACAAUGUUUCAUCCCCUA